CACUCGUCACCUUUCAAACUCAUUCCCAAACCUUCAUCGCUCUCCAAAAACCCCAAAUUAGGGUUCCUAAGUUUCAUUUCUUUCUCUUAAAGUCCCUCAAAUUUUCCAGAUUCGACGAUGAGUUCCACUGGCGGUUCCACCAAAGGCGGCAGAGGAAAGCCCAAAGCCACCAAAUCCGUCUCCCGAUCGCACAAAGCCGGCCUCCAGUUUCCCGUUGGCAGAAUCGCGAGGUUUCUCAAGGCCGGAAAAUACGCCGAACGCGUCGGCGCUGGUGCUCCGGUCUACCUAUCUGCUGUCCUUGAAUAUCUCGCUGCUGAGGUUUUGGAGCUUGCUGGUAAUGCUGCUAGAGACAACAAGAAGAAUCGUAUUGUGCCGAGACAUAUUCAGCUUGCUGUGAGAAACGAUGAGGAAUUGAGUAAGCUUUUGGGAUCCGUAACAAUUGCUAAUGGCGGUGUUUUGCCUAAUAUUCACCAAACUCUUUUGCCUAAAAAGGUUGGUAAAGAUAAGGGUGAUAUUGGUUCUGCAUCACAAGAAUUCUAGAGCUUUUAGGGUUUUUUUUUUGUAAGGUUUGUUUCAUUACUAGAGAUGACAAUACUCUGAUAUGUGAAAAUGGAUGGAUGGUUUUGCAUCGAUGGCAUUUGCUUCUUCUUCUGUACUUUGUCAUCUUGAUUUUAGUUUAGAUGCAUAUAUUUUUAUAUCAAUGUGAGGUUGUUGGUGGAUUUGAUUCAA